GACAUCCUCGUCUUCGUCGGCGGUGUAAUUCCGCCCCAGGACUACGACUUCCUCUACGAGAGUGGUGCGGCCCUCGUCUUCGGUCCCGGCACCCGAAUCCCUGACGCCGCUGGCAAGGUCCUCGAGGCCGUUCAGAAGAAGAGGGCCAAGGGCUGCUAA